CAGCAUUACUGCGACUACUGCGACAUCUUUCUUACCCAUGGCAAUCGAUCAGUGCGGCAUGCUCACAACUCGGGCAGGAAUCAUCUCACCAACGUCAAAGACUACUAUGCCUCAUUGGGUACAGAUGAUAUCCAGACGAUGAUCGACAAGAUCCUCCACGCCAUCGAAAGAGGCCAGCCCAUCCCAGGCAGACCACCCCCGCCGCCAGGUAUGAUGGGCAUGCCAGGUCUCAUGGCUCCCCCGCCGAGUAUGCGACCACCCAUGGGCAUGAACGGCUUCGGCAGCAGCGGACCUCCUGCCGGCUAUGGCGCACCCAUGGCCGGCGGCGGUCCCCCUGCAGGCUACGGUGCCCCUCCCCUCAGCUUCAAUGCCGGUCCGGCCCUGUCGUCUGUCAAUUUGGCUCCGACAAUGCUGCCGCCUGCGAAUGGCUUACCCUCCGAGACAACACCUGGCUCAGGCGUGGGCAUGCAUCCCGAUCGAGCCAGAGCACUAGGUCUGGCUAAGCAGCUUUCUCUCGACGGCCGGCUCAUCCAGUCCUCGCCGACAGACAUGCCGAGAGCGAUCAGCUCAAAGUUCAACACAGCAGCGGCGAGCAUCCAGCCCGUGUCGGCCAGCAAGGGUAAAGGCAAGGCGCGAGACGAUGGUCAUGCCAACGCUAACAAGAACCCUCUCUUCAACACCGCUCAGUUUGGCCAGCACAUCCUCAAGAACCCUUUGGUGGCGCAAGGUAUCGUCGAUAAAGCUUCUCUGCGCAGUACGGACAGCGUGCUCGAGGUGGGGCCCGGCACGGGCAACUUGACAGUGAGGAUACUCCAAGUCUGCAAGCACUGUCUCGCUGUCGAAAUGGACCCACGCAUGGCGGCAGAGCUCACAAAGCGAGUCCAGGGAAAACCGGAACAGCGCAAGCUUGACAUCCUUGUCGGCGACUUUGUCAAAACUGAGCUGCCUUAUUUUGACGUCUGCAUAAGCAAUACGCCCUAUCAGAUCUCGUCGCCCCUAGUCUUCAAGCUACUCGCUCAACGACCCCUCUUUCGCGUGGCCAUCCUCAUGUUCCAGCGUGAGUUUGCCAUGCGCCUCGUCGCAAAGCCUGGCGACGAUCUCUGGAACCGGCUCUCCGCAAAUGUACAGCUCUUUGCAAAGGUGGACCAUAUCAUGAAAGUCGGCAAGAACAACUUCCGACCGCCGCCCAAAGUCGAGUCAUCCGUCGUCCGUAUUGUGCCCAUCGAUCCUCCCCCGCCGAUACGGUUUGAGGAGUUCGACGGCUUGACGAGGAUCAUCUUCGCGAGACGCAACAAGAUCGUCAGAGCCACCUUUCAAGCUAGCGGCGUCAAGGAGAUGCUCGAGUCGAACCACAAAGCCUGGUACAGCCAACAGAACAAGGCAAGCCGCAUGCAUUGCGCUCAACAGCGCUUGCCAAAUGACUUUGACAUCGCGGAGCUAUUAGAGACGAUCCUCAGCGAGAGUGGCUUCGCGCAGACCAGAGGAGCCAAGAUGGGCGUCGAAGACUUUCUCAGCUUGCUCGCAGACUUCCACAGGCACGGGAUACAUUUCGCAUGA